ACCAGUGCCCCUGGGAUUAUGCCUUGGGGACUCACCUUAAGACAAUCUUGCUCUUGAGACAGAGAAGUCUGCAAAUGGUGUCCAAUUAACUGAAGUCUAGAGACUGGCUGAAGCCAGACAGGGUGUGUGAGGAGGGAGCAGAGAAUCUUCAGAAAGACAUUCCAAAGUCUCAGGCCUAGAAAAUGUUUAGAAAUAUUGUUUCUUGUGUUCCCCUCCAGUCUGUCUACCUGAAUAGGAAACUGGUGGUGGGGCCAGGCAUGCUUAUUUUUGAACAAAUAAACAGUUAAUUCUGAGAUGCCACCUUGAUUGAGAAGCACUGUCCUUUUCUAAGCAAAAAUCAUCGCCAAAAUUACCCUAGAAUCCACCACUGCUCAGAGAUCUGUGCCUGAACCAACUUGGUUAUGAAGUUUUCCUUUGUUUCACCAAACUAGUUUAGGGUGGGCUGUGGGAGGAAGUUUCUAAAAAGCCACUGGGGAAGGACUGAGUCUCUGAGGCGAAAGAGGGCGGACUCAGCCUCACUUCCUCCUUCUUCUCAUCUGGGCUUCCUGUCGUCACAGCACGAUCAUAUUUUUUCACCCUUUACUUCUCCUUUUACACAAAUAGCCCCGGAUACCCGUGUUACCAGCCUUGUCUCAGCCACCUCAAGGAUAAUCACUAAAUUCUGCCUAAAGGACUGAGGAACGGUGUCUGGAAAAGGGCAAGAAUAUCACAGCAUGGGCAUGAGUAGCUUGAAAUUGCUGAAGUAUGUCCUGUUUUUCUUCAACUUGCUCUUUUGGAUCUGCGGCUGCUGCAUUUUGGGCUUUGGGAUCUACCUGCUGAUCCACAACAACUUCGGAGUGCUCUUCCAUAACCUCCCCUCCCUCACGCUGGGCAAUGUGUUUGUCAUCGUGGGCUCCAUUAUCAUGGUAGUUGCCUUCCUGGGCUGCAUGGGCUCUAUCAAGGAAAACAAGUGCCUGCUUAUGUCGUUCUUCAUCCUGCUGCUGAUUAUCCUCCUUGCCGAGGUGACCUUGGCCAUCCUGCUCUUUGUGUAUGAACAGAAGCUGAAUGAGUAUGUGGCUAAGGGUCUGACCGACAGCAUCCACCGUUACCACUCAGACAACAGCACCAAGGCAGCGUGGGACUCCAUCCAGUCAUUUCUCCGGUGCUGUGGUAUAAAUGGUACGAGUGAUUGGACCAGUGGCCCACCAGCAUCUUGCCCCUCAGAUCCAAAUGUGGAGGGUUGCUAUGCGAAAGCAAGACUGUGGUUUCAUUCCAAUUUCCUGUAUAUCGGAAUCAUCACCAUCUGUGUAUGUGUGAUUGAGGUGUUGGGGAUGUCCUUUGCACUGACCCUGAACUGCCAGAUUGAUAAAACCAGUCAGAGCAUAGGGUUAUGAUCUGCAAUUGUCCUGUGGUGAAGAGACUUGUUUCAUCUCUGGAAAUGCAAAACCAUUUAUAGCAUGAAGUCCUAAAUGAUCACCUGCUGGAUGAUCCUCCUCCCAGCCUUUCCCUUUUUAGGUCCUUGUCUUAUACAACCAGAGAAGUGGGUGUUGGCCAUGCACAUCCCACCUCAGGCAGCAAGACAAUCUUUCACCCACUGAUGGCAGCAACCAUGUCUCUCAAAGUGGUGAAACUAAUAUCUGAGCAUUUUUGAGACAUGAGAGGCAAAGAAAAACUGGAUCUAAUGGCCCAACAUCAAAGGUGAACCCAGGACAUGAAUUUUUGCAUCUUCCCAUUGUCGAAUUAGUCUCCAGCCUCUAAAUCAUGCCCAGUCUUCUCCCCAACGUCAAGCAAGAGACAAGUUGAAGGGAAUUCUGGGGCCAAGCUCACUGGACCAUUGUCACAACCUUCUGUUUCUCUUUGACUGAGAGCCCUGGCUACAGGAAUUACACAGUUCUCUUUCUCUAAAGGGCAAGAUCUCAUUUCAGUUUCUUUAUUAGAGGGCCUUAUUGAUGUGUUCUAAAUCUUUCCAGACAAAAACUAUCCAGUGAUUUAUAUCCUAACUUCAACCAGUAACUUAGCUGAUAAUCACAGUAAGAAGACUUCUGGUAUUAUCUCUCUAUCAGAUAAGAUUUUGUUAAUGUACUAUUUUACUCUUCAAUAAAUAAAACAGUUUAUUAUCUGAAUCACAA